UAUCCGGAUGCAGCGUCAUCGCGUCACCGUUGCGUGCCCCGGAAACAGUGAGCGACGGAUGGUCGGUUUGUUCCCCAGCACAGCAAGAUACAAUUUCACUAAUUUCAUCAAAAAACACGAUAAAUAAACCAUAUAGCAGUGAUUUGGAUGCUCUUAUAAGCUGCUUUCUGUCUCUGAGGUCCAGCAGUGAAGCGGGUUGCCAUGGCGUCUCCAGGGGGACAAGGAGGAGGAGCUCUGUCGACGAGAGGAGGCGGAGCCAGGAGGAUGAAGUGGGCUCUGGAGCUGAGCAUGGGCAACACCAGGAGUCGUGGUGACCGUCAGGGCGGUCAGGGAGAUGUCGUUUACCCCAUCGGUUACUCAGAGAAACCCGUCCCCGACACCAGCAUCCAGGAGACAGACAAGAACCUGGUGGAGAAGCGUUGUUGGGACGUGGCUCUCGGGCCCCUGAAGCAGAUCCCCAUGAACCUGUUCAUCAUGUACAUGUCGGGCAACACCAUCUCCAUCUUCCCCAUCAUGAUGGUGUGCAUGAUGGCCUGGAGGCCCAUUCAGGCACUCAUGUCCAUGUCUGCCACCUUCAAGCUGUUGGAGAGCUCCAGUCAGCAGUGGCUUCAGGGCCUCGUCUACCUGGUGGGAAACCUGCUGGGCUCGGCAUUGGCUAUCUACAAGUGUCAAUCAAUGGGACUGCUCCCCACACACUCUUCUGAUUGGCUGGCUUUCAUAGGACCGCCUGAGAGGAUGGAGAUCAUGGGUGGAGGCAUGGUGUUGUGAAGAGGAUGGAGCGUUCUUAUACCAGAUUCAGAUAUUUACAGAGGUUAUAUAAUGUAAAUUCUUCACUUAUUAUUUACUCCAUGAAGACUUCUGUUGUUUCCUGUUGAUGUUUUCACAAAGGUUUAAAAGCCAGCAGAUCAUCAUAAUGAUUUUUCAUUUCUUUCCAGUUGAAAUAACAUAGUUUUAAAGUUAUCGGACAGAAUACACAAUUAUUUACAUCAUUAAAACAUAACUUAGUAAGUAAAUAAUGUUAGGUUUUAUUCUAAUAAUUUAGUUUUUUCUUCUUAUUUCCCAUUCUUUUGAUUCUCUGACGCAUGAUUUCAGCAUGCUUGCCAGUUACAUUUACUAAACUGUUUUGUAAUUUAUGAGUCUGUUUAACUUAUACUGAUUUGCUACAUGAGAAUGUUCUAUAAAAUGAAUAAAAACCUUGAAAAGA